AUGAAUCUGUUAUUUGCUGCAGGAGCAGGACUGCUGAAGCUUCAGGAUGAUGUACAGACUUGUGGAUAUGAAGAUGUACAGGUGAUGUGGGAAAUGCUACAGAGAACCGAAAGCGAUGUUGCGGAAAACCACCCUAAGCGUAAGCAAUUGCCAUUCUGGAGGAUCUUUGUAUGGUCCAACCAUAGUGAAGUUUCAUCAGAAUCAGCAAAUCACACUUAA